ACAAUGCCUGUAAGAGAAAGGUGUCACAAUAGGGAGCUCUUUGGUCCCUGGCUCCUCCGAAACAUUACCAGCAGCCAGUAUGAAGGGGUUUACUGGUUGGACGAAGGCCACACACUUUUUCGCUUGCCCUGGAAACACCUAAACAUGAGGAAUGUUGAUGAAAAUGAUUAUGCAAUAUUUAAGGCAUGGGCCAUUCAGAGUAGAAAAUAUAAUCCACUGUGUGAGGACCCACCUACUUAUAAAACCAACUUUCGCUGUGCAUUAAAGGCAGUGUACAACAAUAACGGGAAGAUGUUCUCUGAAGUUAGAGAUAAUUCAAGUGAUACACGUGAUCCCCAUAAGAUAUUCAGAUUCCAUGGUGUUCAUGAGGAGUCUUCCCCAGCUGUAGAUACUCCUGCUGUAUCCCAUCAUUCGACCAUUGAAGAGAACAAUUUUCACAAUGAGAUAGAGCAUGAUGAAGACUAUAGACUGCGUAUAAGCCCAGUGGUUGAACAUACCACCCCAUUUAUCAACAGGCAAGACCCGACGGAUAUUGAACAGCUGCUUCGGGAUGUUUUAUUGGACUCGGAUGAGCAUGGUACACCAUAUCAAGUGUAUGGCAUGUAUCAGAAUGGACAUAUUGAGAAUCUCCCAGCAGUUGACCAGGUCUUCCAGCAAAUACCUGCUUGUCCACAACUGCUGCCAGCACCACCAGUGUGCAACUUUGUGGAAGCUAUAUUUGAUGAUGUGCAAACCUGCGAAUAUGUAUUCCAACAAGAAAGUACACAGCAUAUGGUGAAUAAUGAAGCCACCACCCAUUGCAAUAAUAAUCCGUGUAACACUGAUGGGGAAAUGAGCGCAUCACAGUCCUCACACGAUAGCACUCCUUCCACAUUUAAUGACCAUGGAUCGACUGAGUCUCCGGAAACUGCGUCUACCUUGUUUCAUCAAGAAGGUAAGAUGCCAAAACUUACAUCAUGGGAAGUGACUGUGUAUUAUCGAGGAAAAGAGGUUCUCAAGCAAAAUGUAUCAACAAAGUUUUACAUAAACUAUACAGGACAUGUUCCUCAAACUGAGCCUGCAGAACUGGUCACCUUCCCCCCUACUGCUGACACUCUGGUGGAUCAGGUACAGAUCGAGUAUACUGACAAAAUUCUAAAUUCCGUUGGCAAUGGACUUUUACUUGAUGUUAGUCCUCAUGAUCGCAAGUUGUAUGCCACAAGAAUGGGCAACUCAAGAGUGUACUGGGGCAUGUCGGAGAGCCUGGAAACCAGACAGAAUGUGUCACACGCAAUGAAGUUGGAUAGAAAUGUUCCAACCGGAAUAUUUGAUUUCAACCAUUUCACACAAGAACUGAAAGCCUACACGUGUCAUGAGAGAUCAUCCCCUGACUUCACUUUGUACCUGUCCUUUGGCCAGAGCCUGUUUGAGCCAAUAAAGAAAGCACUGGUGUUGGUAAAGCUUGUUCCAAGUUUUUGCACCUUUUGGCACCAGAUUGCACAGCAGGAGGGCGCUUCCUCAUUGCGCAAUGAAGAGCUUAGCCUACAGAUCUCCAAUGGAAUUUCCUUCAAUGGCUAUGAUGUGCCUUGCUUGAUGGACCUUGAUCUGAGUGAUUUCCCGGGCCUGUUUUAA